CUAGACCCGAAUCCUGCCACAUCCUCCAGGGGCUGGGUUCUGAUUGCUCCGCUCCUAUCAGCAACGGCUCUAUGUCCGUUUGCUUCACCGACCAUGAUGAAGCCUUGACUGUCCCUGUUCGCCAGGUUUCUCCUCUAGAAGCAUUUCAACUAGCCACUAAUUUCGCAUUAUCACUGAAUUUAUAUGAUGUAUGUACCCAUCACUUUUAUAUUUCUUUUGUCUAAUAGAUAAUUCAUAUACAAAGAUAUUUUGGUUGUCGAGUUUAUUUCUUGAUUGCUAAUAGGUAUGUAUAAACUUUUAAAGGGAAUUAGGCUAGGUUGAUUCCAUUCUCAAUUUCUAAAAGAGGAUAAACACAACAAAGGGAUUCAGAUGUCACCAUAUAUUUCAUCUUAUUCCUUCCCAGACAUUUAGUUUCUUUUCCAUUGUGACUUUGUAAACAUACCUAUAUAUAUGUUUAUAUAUAUAUAUAUAUGUCUGUGUUUCUCCCUUGAUUAUAUUAGAUAAAGAAAUGUGAUUUACAAUGCUUCCAAAUCCAAACAAUUAGCUCUCUAGUGAAGGAGAUCUUGCAAUGGUGAAAGGAAACGUUGAUGAGCAUUCUGUUUCGAAAGAGAAGAGUAGAACGAAGAAGAAAAAGAAGCAAGUAACCACUCCUCGUCCAACAUGCUCGUGGGUGUAUUUUAGCCGAGAGUUUAUCAAGGAGUACAGUGCUUCCCAUCCUGAGUCCUCUGGCCUAAAAGCUGCAACAAAAGCAGCAUCUGAGGUGUGGAAGUCAAUGUGCCUUGAAGAGAAAGCAAAAUACACCAGUCGUGCUCGGGAGGUAUGGGAUAACUACUUGAGUGCAGCUCCUGCCCGACCUUCCAAACCAAGGGAGCAGCAGACUAAGCUAGUCACAAGAUGCUCUCCUGGCCGCUUAUUCAACGUGCUGCAACGCCUUACAGCUGAACAAAAAGAGGCAGUCAAGUGCAUGGGAUUUGGAAGCCUCCUUCAUCUUAGAUGCCGGACUCUCCGCCGUAGUUUGUGUCUUUGGUUGUUGGAAAGAUUUAAUACGACGCGAUGCAGCUUGGAGAUUUGUGAUGAUUGUAUUCCUCUAACUCCUAAAGAUGUGGAGUUCGUGAUGGGAUUAGCUGCUCGGGGGAAAGAUGUGGUGAACUCAGGGCCAGAUGACUUGAUUGUAGACUUGCGGCAUAGUUAUAAUGCAACCAAUCGAGGUAUAUCAGUUCGCCUUUUAGAAGAGAGGUUGGCAGUGUCUGAAGCAGGAGAGGAUUUUAAAAGAUCCUUUGUUCUUUAUGCGCUGGGUACGCUUUUAUCUCCAACAGCAAGACUGGAUGUAAGCCCUUCAUUCCUUCACUUCUUAACAAAUAUGAGUGUCAUCCAUCAGUACAACUGGGGGAAAUUCCUACUUGACCGCCUAGUUCGGGAGGUAGCACGCUUUCGUCAAGGGAAGCAACGUGCUGUUGGUGGCUGUCUUUUUUUUCUACAGCUCUUUUAUUAUGAAAGAAUCUCCAUAGAAGGAACAAAUGCUCUUGCUCCAGCUGUGUGUCCAUGCUUAUCUUUAUGGGGGGAGGAUGAAAUCACUGAAAGAGAAAAACGAGAAAGAGAGCUUGGUGGUUAUGGUUGUGGACAGGUGGUUUUCAAGGAGAGAGGUGUUGUUGCAGAGUCUUUUGACUGCAGUGGCCAACCAGAUAGCCUACCAGCAAGCAAUAUAAGUAAUGGGAUUGAGCAUGAUCCUUUCCUUUCACACGAGGGGAACCAGGUUAAUAAUGGAGGACAGAUGAAGGCUAAUCAAGAGCCAAAUAUGCCCAUUUUUCUCAAGAGUAAGGAUAUUGUGCGUGGGGAUAUUGAACUGAUAGUUGAAUCAGUCAGAACACCAUGCCGAAACAAAGACUAUGGUUGCAAUGAAAGAGUUGACUAUAUGAGGAAUAAUGACCACAAUGAGACAUGCUUCUUUGCACCAUGUGCUUGCCCACUUCCCGAUUGCAAUUUUGUCAGCUCAUCUGAACAGCUGUCACUUCAUUUCAGUGGUAAGCAUUGGGAUUCAGGAAGGCGCUUCAGGUACAACAGCCCAUUGGCUGUUUCCUUGAGUAUGAAUGAACAAUUUCUUGUUCUUCAGGCAGAGGAUGAUGGUGCUCUUUUCCUUCUCAACAAGGGCACUGAAAGCAUUGGGAGCACAGUAAUGGUUACAUGUAUGGCAUCAAGUUCUUUGAAAAGAAAGUUUGUGUAUGAUCUUGUUUUGAAACGAGGAAAGAGCACUCUCAGGUUGAGCUCGCUAGCAGAAUGUUUCCCGGGGAGGGUUGAAGGUUUUCCUCCAAUGGAUUUUCUUCUGGUUCCAUUUCGUUUCCUCAAUUCCUCUGGUCAGAUUAACUUGGAUGUUUGUAUAUGUAAAUCUAUAGAAGAACUGAGUGAUCAUUGUCCUUGAUUUAAUAGUAACUGGCUGCAAAAUUCAUUGAAUGCAUGGCAGUCCUCCUGUGGCGAAAUUGUGCUUGCCUGGGGAUGUUGCCUUUGGAUCCCAAUGCAUGUAGGCUAUGGUGUAUGAAGCCUUACACCAAGAUCCAUAAAAGAAGGUUUUUUCAACCCCCCUUGGCGUUCUUGCUAGCGCACUUGUUUGAGGUAUCAUAAGAUUUCUACAUAUCUGCUAAGAUUUUUUGAACUCAUUCAGGAUGGUAAAUAAGAAUAUUUUCUCUCUUGCUCGCUCUCCUUAGGUCGACAUACUACGUCUUCAAAAGUAAAUGCUUUUAUUUAAUCCUCAGCCUAUAUGAUGAUAUGUAUGAUCUUCAGAGGAUAAUCAAAGCUAUCUAUUUUAGCUUGACUUGAUGUAAAGUUUCUAUAAAUAAUUCAGAGAAAAAGAUUUAGCGAUUUCUAUGAUAAUAUGAAAAUUUAUCAGUUA